AUGCGCGGGAGUUGUGAUGCCGCGGAGAUGGGGGAGGAGGGUUGUGAGGUAGAGACAUCGAAUGGCGGUGUAACGGGCGGUGGUGGUAACAAGGGCUUCGAGAACAUCGUGGCGCCAGAGCUCGCGCCCGGCCCUAAGAACCGGCUGGACGCGUACCUCACAGCGCUCGAUAAGCUAUCGGACGCGCUACGGUUCUUCGAGGUGCACAGCUAUCUGGGCAGCUGCCGCACCGAGCUGCGGCAGGGGAGGGGGCUGAUGGACGAUGCGGUGGGGCGACUGAAAGAGGAGUUCGGAGAGGUGCUGUCCGGUGCAAGCCUGGUACCUGAUCGAAAGGCGCUCGUCCAAUCAGCAGCGUGCAUGAAGCCAGGCGAGGUGGUGCAGCCCGUGCCUCUGGUUCGGCCCGAGGCUGUGAAGCAGCUUCGGGCCAUGGCGGCAUGGAUGGUGGGCAAUGAGUACGAGGCAGCAUGCCUUCGAGUGUACGAGGAGCAGCGGGCAGCAGCGCUGCUACGGUGUUUGGAGCGGCUGGGCAGUGCAGCGCUGACGCGCGACGAGGUGGUGGCGCUGCCCUGGACCGACCUCGAGCCCCUCAUGAAGCGCUGGGUCGAGAACCUCAAGCUCACGAUGCUGGUGCUCAUUGCAGCGGAGGACGCCGUGUGCACCGACAUCAUCGGCCGGGGCCCCACCCCCUCCCCCUCGGCGCGCGCUCGGUGCCUGACGGGAGUGGCGGUGCCGGCGCUGAAGCAGCUGCACGCGUUUGGCGACAUCAUCGCUGACAUGCCGCGCGCCCCCGAGCACGUCUUCUCCCUGCUCGAGAUGGUCGAGGCGCUGCUCGACCUGCGCCCCGCUGUGGAGAAGCAGUUCCCUGGGGAGGCGGGCGGGGAGGUGCGGCAGCAUCUGGUGGGCAUCUGCGCGGCGCUGUGUCGCACGGUGCGGGGCACCAUCGCUGACUUCCAGCACAUCGUGCUCCACGACCCCACUCCGCCACCCGCCCCCACCCCCCGCCCCUCCCUCCCCUCCUGCUCCUCCACCUCCUCCUCCUCCUCAGCCCCCUUCCCCCCUCCUCCUCCUUUGGUUUCAGCCUCUGGCCAUGAGGGGGGCGAGGAGAGGAAGGGGGAGGAGGGCGGGGAGGGGAAUUGGGAGGAGGAUGUGGACUGGAGCCACAGAUCGGAUUCCAGCCAUCGAUCUCACCACGGGGGCGGUGGGUCGCACAAUCGGACGGUGAGCGGCAGCGCGUCGAGUGGGAGGGGCAUUUUGGGGGGCCUGCUGCCGAAGAAGGUCAGCAAGGGGCAUGAGGAGGGCAAGGGCGAGGCACGGGGGAAGAGCAAGGCGGAGGGCAAGGAAGGUGGGGGGUCGGCGGGGCAGGAGGUGGUUGUGAGGGGCAGUCCAGACGUGCACCCGCUGACAAGCUACGUGGUGAACUUUAUCCUCCUCUACUUCGACGAGACGCUGUACCUGGGCACGCUGCUGCUGGUGUACGACGAGGGGGGCGACCAGCACGAGGGCGCCGUGCGAGUGGGCGCCGCCACGCGCCACCUGCUGGCGGCGCUCAAGGCGAAUCUGGAGCGCAAGGGAGACGCGUUCCACGAUGAGGCGAUGCGCGCCGUGUUCCUCAUGAACAACUGCGAGUACAUCCAGCGCAAGGUGGAGGAGCAGCAUGUGAAGAUGAUCCUUGGGCGGGCGUGGGUGGAUGAAAACGCCAAGGACCUUGAGAAGCACCGAGACAUCUACAUUCGAUGUAUUGUGAAUAAGGUGGCGGGUGUGCUGUCAGACCACCGGGGUGACGUGGCGGCGUUCACAAAGCGAGUGCAGGCGCUGCACGCGCUGCUGGAGGGCGUGCAGGCACAGCAGAGUGGGUGGAGCAUUGGGAAUGCCGACCUGCGUGCGUUCGUGCGGGGAGAGGUGGCCUCGCAGGUGCUGCUCAGAUACUCCGACUUCCUCGACCGCCACAGGUCUAUAGUGGAGAGCCGAGCGUGCAAGGUGCGAGUGCUGACACGGCAGGAGGUGCAUGCGUGGCUGACGGAGAUAUUCGACAUGAAGAAGCAUGGAUGA